GUCAUUAGUCCUGCAGAGGCAGUCUUCUCUCCACUUCCUGAUCUCAAAGAUUGCAGAGAGGCGACUGCACACAGACUGGGAAUCUAGUAAUCUCUGUUGGCAUGAUGCAUCCCUCAGCUCCGCUGCGAGUCAGCGGGAAUCGACAGUCCAGUGUUGCGGAAAGCGCAGCUGAGGGUCAACCUUCGGGCGCUGGACCUCCUCGCUUCAGAGCACCCAGGUAUUCUCUAGGAUCAUCUGGCAGUCUCAGCAGGACAGCGCCCAGGGACACGAAUCAAGUCUCUGGACCCUCGACGCGUGCUCCGCAUGAGCGAGCUUCGCUGGCUUCGAGUCGUCGAACGCGGCUCGACUCUCCAGAUGCCAGUCGUAGUUUCAGAGCAUCAUCAGGUCGAGCCAGCUUGAGCUCUACUCGCUCAACUUACGAGGAUUUUGAUGCUCCCGCAUUCUGUAGAGAGUACAGCAGCUAUAUCGCCGCCGCCCUAGCUGACCGCGGAAACCAUGUCGGCGAGAGUCAGAGCGGCCGAGCGAGCGCUUCCAAGCGCCUCCGCACAUCCUUUCGUUCGCCGCGAGCGUCAGCAAGCAUCGCUCAGCCGCCAGAAGAGGAUCUUCCUGAUGAUCUGGCCUACAUUCUGCAAUCUGGAGGCUCGAUAGUCGACAAGGGCAAAGCUCGUGCUUGGAACGAAUCUCAUCUCAACGAAGAAGAUGAAGCCACACGCAAGCAGAAAAAUGCGUCUUUCUUAGCCAGGAUCAAUGCGUCGGUUGAGCAAAAGCUGGCAGUUUCACAAACCAAAAUCCCCAAUGAGGAGCUUGCCGAUGCCCAGCAGCAGGCCGAUCUCCUCACCGACAAUGUUGCUGCCCAGCCAGCUGAUGCAGAGCAGCAGCAGCAGACAGAAACCGUAUCAGAAGCUUCACAGGCUCUCAGGCGAGAUGAAGCGACUCAGACCACAUCUGCCGUAUUUGAAGGCCCUGCAGAACUUAGUGCAAAGCGGGAACAAACUCCCAACGGCAGGGUUGACCUUGCAGGACGCGCCAUAGAGGAGCUUUUGUCCCGAGGAGGUUUGGCGUCCCCCUCUAACGAAGCGAGACAACCUUUUGGCGGUCUUGAAACGAUCUCCCAAGAGAGUGUUGGCAAGGACGGCCCUUCAAGCUUGUUUCAAAGUGGUCUUGAUAUAGAGGCUGUCUUGCGGCAACGCGCGCAGAUGGAAGAAGCACAACAGAGUGAAGCGGAGGAGGAAGGCAUGUACCGCGAAAGUGCUGAGAUCUCACCCGAAGCUGGCCCAUCUCGCAGACUGAUUCAGGAAAUCGAAGCCGACCAACCCUCUGUUGAGGAUGUCCUUUACGGCAAUGCUGGUAUACCCGAGGAGGACCAUGGCGAUGCACCCAUCGAGCAGGACUCUGACUCUGAUUCUGAUUCUGAAGGUGGGGAUGAAAGCGAAGACGUCAUCGAUACCGAUGGGCAAGCCGAAGCAAUAUCCGACUCUGGCAUCAAGGUUCAGUAUACGAAUGUCCAAGGUCUGACUGACGAGGCACCGGAGUAUGACUCGGACGAGGUUGUGAGCGAGGACACUGGUCAACAGGAGGAUGGUGCAGAGGAUGGCGAAGAGGAGGAUGGUGAAAGAGAGCCAUCUGAAGAAGAAAGUGAGGAAGAUUAUAAUGGGUUCGGCGCCGAUCCAUCUGGUCGAAGCAGGCUGUAUGCAAAUCCUGCAUCGCAAAAGACAGGGCAUUUACCGACUCGUUCGCCAAGUGGACAACCCGAAGUCAUCUCACUCCUCAGUGACAGCGACGAGGACGAAAAUAGGGCAGGCACUUCCCGCGAAGGAGGAGACUCUUCAGAAGAAGACGAGUUGUCGGAGCGUGGCGCUGAAGCGGAAGAAGACUUUCCUGCGUCGCAUCCCACCUCCGCCACUGAGGCCCUACAAGAAGACAUCUCGAUGGAGGAACCACGAUUUGAUCUUAACGACCAGUCCGGCUCCCGACACGACGAUCAGAGCCUUGCAAACGACUAUCAUGCUACGACCUACUUGCCACCCAAUCUAUCUGCCGAAGUCCCGGGCUGGCAGGGUGCAGCUGAGUCAGCAGGUGUUGCGUCUGCCAUCGAGAGUGUUUGGCAGCCAGCAGAGUCGCACGCUCAAGUAGGCGUCGACGACGAUGGUGUGGGUCGUCAAGUCGACGGCAUUCGCUUCUCUCUUGCCGAAGCGCCAGGCUCCUCGCAUCACGCGCACAUCGACCCGGGCCUCUUCGCUGACUGGAUGCACUCUUCUGCUCCCCAUGCGUCCAUCGCUUUGCCUGUCACUACGGACCCCUUCACGCCUCACGCUUCCUUACCAUUACCCGAGGAGACUACUUUGUCGUCGAACCUACCAAUCGCACUGGCCGAAACCCACCUCGCAAAUGCUACAAUGCCCGAAGCAGCGACGGUGACCCUAGGGAAUACCCCUACAAGCUCAGGUGCAUCCGAUCAGAGAGUGGAAGAAGUGACUGCACCCUCUUUCGAAGCCGAGCCAGGUGGAGCACAGAGUCUUGCGGAACAGACCAUACUGCCGACAACGCUAGACGAAGCACCCACGUCUCGCUCAGCUCCGCUUUCUGCACAGCCGUCUCUGCACCACGAGAACAAUCUCCAUCCUGAAGGAGCCGACGUGUUGCAGCAGCCUGGUGUCGAAGAGGCGACGGAAGAGCAAACGUUACGACGGAGUCCGUCAAAUCCUCCCGGCAACCCGGAUCGUCUUCUAUCAUCUCACGACACGUCCAGCGAGCAGGACGACGUUUUUGCUUCUGCCACGAGUGCUGCAAACGCGACCGAGGUUCAGAGCGGGGAGGAACUUCUAGCUUUGAAGCAUUCAAUCCAGUCAACGAGUUCAGCGAAUCUCAAUCCAGAUCAGCAAGUCCGACCACCGCCUUCCCUUGCUUCGACGGCAGGCUCGGCGAUUCGCGAGGCUAUCGGCGCGGUUGCCGUUGCCUCUUCCUCCGCUGCAUCCGAGCACCUGCCGUUACCCGCGCCCGGUGGCGGGGGUUUGAUUGAGUUCAAGAAGCGUUUUGGCUCGACACUUCCUGCUACAUCUGAAGUUGCAAGUGCAGGUGGCGGUCGUAGCGAGCCUCCCACACCAGGUGUUGUGGCUCCGCAAUCCGCCUUUCCACCACCAGAUUCACACAUACUCAGGCCUCUGAGCCCAGCCCCUCCUAUCAGUACCGAUCAAGUGCUGGUGGCAGACUCAGCUGAGCUCUUGCGGGUCAAGGAGAAGGCAGCCGAGCAGGUUGUCAGCCAAAUACACUCAGCGCCAGCCUCGACCCACGGGGGAAGCGUUGCCGGUACAAGUCACCGCGAAAGUGAUCCUAAAUCGGACUUCAACUAUUCGGCUGAGGUUUCUCAAAAUGCUGCUAUCCAACACAUUGAGACAGCCGCGGAUCUUGUUGACAUGAAAGCUCACGUCGCGCUAACAGAGCCGCCAAGAGCUCCUGGAAGUCUCAAAACCAACCUGAGCGAUGUGGCUGCUUCUCAUGCUGACCACGAGCCGGCAGAAGCUGAGCUCGACGGUCUUGCAGAAGAUGUCUCUGAGAGCCGAGCUGCUGAUACGGUCACAGCAACUUUUCACUCCAGUGACACGCUUACCACCCUCGCGUCAGAAGCGCCGCCACUGACCACUCAGAACGAUCAUGUAUCAGUAGCACCAGCUGUCAAGCCUCCAGUAGCGGCACCAACUUCCUCAUCUGCUCUCACCAGCGAGCCUACCUUUCUAGAUCCGCCGCUGCGUAAGAGCAGUGGAAGCUCUGACGCAAGCUCUUGGCUAGCUCGUGGUCAGCAUCGGCACUUCCAUCCUCACGGUCAGACUGCCCCACGCAUCAUGCAAAGUGGUAGCUCUGUCACAUCGGGCGCCCCGAAGCAACCCGCGAAUGACAGCCAGACUACGCCAGAAGAUGAGAACAAUGAGGGUCACAAGACUAAGUCGGCAGCAGACGACGGAGAGAACGGAGAGUUCGUCCCUCAGUACGAGCGACCAGUUACUCGCUCGCAAUGCCAUUUCUCCCUGAUUUCCUUCCCCUCGAUGACUUCACCUGACGGAUUUUGCACUUUCGUCGCCCCGCACUGCUCAGUACGCCGAGAUCGCUUGGAGCAAGAAGGGGCGAAAGAGCGUGGAGCUGCCAGCGAAGCUCAGAAUAAUGACAAGGAGUGGUUCAAUUCUGUGGAUCUGCCAGAAGAGCUGUACCAUUCCCUAUGCCGCGUGUGCGACCCAGAUCUCCUGGAGUUUACCGCGGUCCUUCCGGACACGCGUCCAAUCGAGUUGCGAACAUUCCACGAGAAGAGUGAGGCGUCUAGCGAGCCCCGCGAGCACAAUCACGGACGCUCCAAGGCUGCUACUUCUCCCAGCUCAGCUGCCGCAAUGGAGCUGCCCGAAGAAGAGAAACUCGACGCUACUGGUGAACCCGACGCUGCCGCCCUACUGAAGCAGCGUGACGCAGCGAUACAUGCGUCGCAGCCACAAAUUUCUAGUACGCCCGUACUUGACCAUCCACCAGCCGUGGAAGAAAUCAGAGGCGUGUCUACCUCUCCACGUCGCGCGCGCAUCUCGCCAGAAGUCAGGUCUCCCCUACGCCGUUCCGAAAGGGCACCCAAAGCACGCAAGCAAUUUGACGACGACGCUUCGCCUCCAAGCGCAUCGCUGACCACUCGUUUGAACGAGCGCAUCAUCCAGACGCGCCGGCCUUUUCGCGCCACCUCGUCUUCGAUGGUCGAUCUGGAAUCGGACUCCGAGGACGCGGCUACCGCGUCUCCAGUCGCGUCGCGCGAUUCUGAAAGCGGCGUGACCACCUCUCCCUCAGCAACUCGAUCGGCGCCAAGGAGUCACGCCAAGCGGUCUGCGCGACGCUCGGAUAAGGGCGGGCCUCUGGCAGACUUUGUGCCUACGAGCAACGCGAGCAGCGAUUCGGAGGAACAGGGUAGGCGCGGAGGCCGCAAGCGAGCUAAGGCAACGGAUAACGCCCCUGCUCACGAGGACCACCUGGACCACGUCGCCGCAGCCAUCGAAGAAGACAACAUGUGGCACGCAUCGGCAGACUUGCAGAGUCCUGAACAAGCGCCCGCAGAUGACAAGACUGAUGCAGACCUACCGAAAAGCGCAGAAUUGAUCACGCCUGCGCCAGUGUCGAAGCGCACUUACUCAAGAGCGGGGAGUGCGCGCGCAACUAAGGGAGGUCGCAGGUCUGUGGGCACAAACGCUGACGGAGGUCGCUACGUCGAGAAAGUGAAUCUAGCUGGCCCUCCUUCGUCGGAGGAAGAAGAUGUGCGCGAAAGGACGGAGGCGGAGAACAAGAAACGAGCUAGGGCACAAGGUCGUCGUUCUGCGAAAAAGGCAGAAGCUGCGCAGGAACGCGAAGAGGCGCGCGAAGCGGUCAAGGAGCUCAACACGCUCGAUCCCGCAUCCCCUAACGAGUCUCGCAAACGUCGACGAGCCUCCAAAGAUCCCUCUUGGAAUCCUCGCAAAGCGGACGACGCGGAGAGCGAAGAAGCUGCAGAGGAGGGAGGAGACGCGGACAGCGUCGUCUCGGGUCCUACUACACCUGCACCACGUCGAGGAAGCAAGCGAGCCAAGAGCGGUAGUGUGGGUGCUGAAGAGUCUUCAAAAGCUCGUAUCGAGCGCAAACAAAGUCCUGCGCCUGCCAGACGUAAGAGCUCCAGGUUAUCCUUUGCAAACCCGACUCCGAGCAAGUGAUGCGAGCGCGUUCUUUCGGCCCCAACUUUUGAGCUGACCGACCCCUCCUCCUGCAUCGAGAUCUCCCCGUGUAUUUCUACUCUAACUCACUCCCAAACCUGGCGAAAAUCGCCACAUCAUUACACAAUUGCCAAAUCCCAGAAUCUACC